GAAGAUACCUUGCCGUGUCAAAACAAAACACACAAGAGACCGCUUGAAUUGACACGCGUUAAUCAACAUCAAAUUAAUUAAUUUUAGCUGGUUAAUGUAAUAAUUUUCUUUAGUGUUUAAAGUCUAUCAAGCAUCACAGUAUGAAAAAACAUCCUACUGCUCGUGCUCUCAACUUUUCAAAUCUUUAACAAGUGUUUGUCAGUGAUUCUUAUGUGCCAAUGAAAUGGAGAUGUCACCGUUUGUGCUGGCCGUGCUCCUCCUCCUGUUUGUUGCCAGUGACGCAAAAAAGAAACCAAAAUCGGUCACAACUGUGAUUGAUGCCAAAUGGGAGGAAACUCCCGUAGUUCUUGAAAUCUCUGAGUUCAUCGCAGAAGAGAGCAAUGAUUUAUUUUGGAAGUUUGUAGAAGCUGUCAAUGCACUUGAACCACCGCUCAUUGACUUGGAGACGGACAAGCAGAAAUAUGAUGUUGCAAUUGCAGUGGCCAGUUCUCUCAUUUCACCAGCACGAAUAUCACUGCUGAAGCUCUCCUUGGCUCUGCACGUAUAUUCACCACUGAUCGAAAUGUACGCGCAGAUGGGACGGCAAGUAGGGAUUGCGUGUCCAACAGCUGCUGUCCUCGCAGGGACCACUGCUUGCACAACUGGUGACCUCCGUUCUACCCUUGAUAAACUUUCCCAAGGUGAAUCAAGGUUGGAAACCUUCCGUGUGGAUCACCACUAUCCAGGUUCAGAGAAUCGGUCGAUCACAGCUGUACUGUAUGGAGAGCUAGGCACUCCAGAGUUUACUGACUUCCAUGCAAUUUUAAAAUCCGAAGCAGAGUUAGGGCGCAUAGAUUAUGUUAUUCGGCACCAUGUACGAGAGAGGCCCUUGCGAAGGGUGCGGCUGUCAGGCUAUGGAGUUGAGCUUGCAAUGAAGUCCACUGAGUACAAGGCACAAGAUGACUCAGUCGUUAAAGAUGGCGGAAACAAGGAAGAAGAAGAAGACGAAGAAAUUGAGGGCUUCAACUUUAAGAGGCUCAAGUCGCUAUAUCCUGAUAAAAGUGAAGAUCUAGAAAAGUUUAAAAUAAACUUGCUCGAAACAUUAAGUGAAAUGGCCCCCCUGAAAGUAUGGCAAUUCCAAGAAUUGAGCUUGCAAGCAGCGCAAAGAAUUUUAUCGUCCCCACUCGAAGAUGCCUUGCAAACCUUCACACACAUAGCUCAGAAUUUUCCAAUGCAGGCAAGGUCUCUAGUAAGCACCACUGUGAGUUCAGAAUUAAAGAGUGAAAUUGAAAAGAACAAGGACAAAUUUGUAGGAAACUUGAAUUUACAGCCGCAAGACACUGCUUUGUUCCUCAAUGGGCUUUUCUUUGACAUGGACAUCACAGAUAUUAUGACAAUCUUAGAGUCUAUCAAAUCAGAACAGAAAAUCAUGGAAGGGCUCUACUCAAUAGGUGUAACAGAGGAAAAAGUGUUCAACAAACUCCUUGCACUUGAUCUCUCUAUGUCUGGCACUAAAGAUUAUGCAAUUGAUAUCCGAGAUUCAGCCAUUAAGUGGGUAAAUGACAUUGAAAAUGAUAAACAGUACAAGCGGUGGUCUACAUCAUUGCUGGAACUUCUGCGUCCAACAUUUCCUGGCCUGCUUCGCAGCAUCAAAAGAAACUUGUACAAUCUGGUGAUAAUCUGUGAUCCAGCAGACACAAAAUCAUGGCCGCUGCUGAAGCUAGCAGAGUCGUUUAUUGUGCAUACGGCACCUUUGCAUGUGGGUUUGCUGUUUUCCGUUCCAGACAAAUUGACUGGUCACGAAAACGGAGCCGUAGCACUUUUCAACGCAUUCAACUACAUAGCAGAAGAAAAAGACUCCUAUAAAGCGCUGUCUUUCAUCACAGAUGUUUAUGCAGCCAUUGACACUCCAAGGGAUGUCACUCCUGCUGAUGUGAAGAAAAUGUUGAAAACAAGGCACUCCGAUGCUGACCUGGAAGAUAUCUUUGGUGCAGAUACAGAGUACAACACAGGCCGAAAACUUGCUGCAGAUUUCAUCGCUCAUUCGGGUUUCCGAUCACAGAUGCAAGUUCUACUUAAUGGUAUUCCACUUCCGGAAAAAUUACUUAAUGCCGGUGAUUUUGAAGAAGCAGUGCUUACAGAAAUCAUGGCGCAAACACCCACCAUACAGAAAGCAGUGUACCGAGGAGAUUUAACUGAUAGUGAUGAUGUCAUUGAUUGGCUCAUGUCCCGGCCCAACGUUAUGCCACGUUUGAACGAAAGGAUCUUGAACUCAGAGAAAAGCAAUUUCAUUGACCUAUCAAAUCUAAAUUAUGAUUUCAUUCCCUACUUAAAUGAGGAGUCAAAACCUAGUGGAAAGCCGAUACUUUUGACACACUGGAUCGUCGCAAAUCUGGAGACAGAAGCUGGCCGCACACUCCUCCAAAAUGCUCUUACUUACAUGGAAGCUGGCGGGAACAGUCGAAUAGGUUUGAUCAUUAAUCCUGAUGAAACCUCCUCCACCAAAUCACAAAUUGUAAAUAAACUGGCUCUAGCUUCUCUUCUGCACAAAAGUAAUUUUGAGGUCUCCCUUCCGUCUGCCAAGAAACCCAUUAAAUCAGUAAAUGCCAUUCUUCAGUACGCGAAGGACCUUCAAAGCGCAGGAGAGAGUCUCACUUUACAGAAUGAUAUCGAUUGGGAUAAGAUUGAUGAGGCACUGAAGGCUCAUUCUGCGUUCGUCUCAAACACACUGAAAUUAGGAACUGGUGCCGCAGGUGUGGUCACAAACGGUCGUGUAAUUGGUCCCCUUGAUGAGGGUGAAACACUUAUCACUGAUGAUUUUGCCCUACUGGAACGCUAUACCCUUAGUUCCUACACAGAUGAGAUCUACAAUGUUCUCAAGAAGAACAUUGAAGAUGUAAGCCUCCUAACCACUGAGGUCUUGACCAGAACAGUUUCACUUUUAGUAUCAAGACCUCAAACGAAGAAUAGAUUCCAGAUUCCAACACUGGAUGAGAAACAUAGCAUGAUUAAAUUACCUGCCAAAAAUUCUAGUCAACCUGUGUUCGAUAUAGUUGUAAUAGUUGAUCCUGUUUCACGAGGUGCACAGAAAAUUGGUCCUAUCCUUCAAGUUCUCUACCAAGUGCUCAACGCCAACAUCAGAAUAUUUUUCAAUUGUGUUGAAAAAAACAGUGAUAUGCCGCUUAAAAGUUUUUAUCGGUUCGUUUUAGAACCAGAGCUCCAGUUUGAUGCAAAUGGACGUCUCUCAAGUGGUCCUAUUGCCAAGUUUACCAACAUGCCAGGCAGUCCGCUGCUGACGCAGAACAUGCAUGUACCUGAAAACUGGCUGGUUGAAUCCGUCGCCAGCCCCUAUGAUCUCGAUAAUAUAAGAUUGCAAGAUGUAGAUUCUACUGUUCAUAGUGAGUACGAAUUGGAGUAUCUGUUGCUGGAGGGACAUUGUUUUGAAGCAACGCUGGGUAAUCCACCGCGAGGCCUUCAGAUCACCCUCGGCACUGAGACGCAACCAGUCAUGGUAGACACAAUUGUGAUGGCAAAUCUUGGUUACUUCCAGCUCAAAGCAAAUCCCGGCAUGUGGAUCCUUCGACUGAGACAAGGUCGCUCAAGUGAGAUCUUCGAUAUUGUUAGUCACGAAGGCUCAGAUACUCCUGAAGGCUCAGCAGAUAUCAAGGUUCUCAUCAGCUCAUUCCGAUCUCAUGUCCUAAAACUGAAAGUGCAGAAGAAACCCGACAAGCUAAAUGUUGAUCUCCUAGGAGAUGAAGAUGACAACAAGUCUGGUAUCUGGAACUCUAUAACCAGCACCUUCAGCGCAUCAAAAGAAGCCCCUCAAGAAGAGGAAACCAUAAAUAUCUUCUCUGUUGCCUCUGGACACCUGUAUGAACGCUUCUUAAGAAUCAUGAUGCUGUCCGUUAUUAAACACACAAAAUCUCCUGUCAAAUUCUGGUUCCUGAAGAAUUAUCUCUCGCCCAUUUUGAAGGACUUUUUGCCCAAAAUGGCGAAAAAAUACAACUUUGAAUAUGAACUGGUUCAAUACAAAUGGCCAAGAUGGCUUCACCAGCAAACAGAGAAACAACGCAUCAUUUGGGGCUAUAAGAUCCUCUUUCUAGACGUGCUGUUCCCAUUGAGUGUCAAAAAAAUAAUUUUUGUUGAUGCAGAUCAAGUAGUCCGAGCAGACAUGAAGGAGCUAGUUGAUCUGGAUCUUGGUGGUGCACCCUAUGGGUACACACCUUUCUGUGAAAGCCGAACUGAAAUGGAUGGUUUUCGGUUUUGGAAGCAGGGUUACUGGCGGAAUCAUCUACAAGGUCGCAAAUAUCACAUCUCUGCUCUUUAUGUAGUUGACUUAAAAAGGUUCCGGAAGAUUGCAGCCGGAGAUCGGUUGCGAGGCCAGUACCAAGCACUGAGCCAGGACCCAAAUAGUUUAUCAAAUUUAGACCAGGAUCUUCCUAAUAACAUGAUCCAUCAAGUAGCUAUUAAGUCAUUGCCACAAGAAUGGCUUUGGUGUGAAACAUGGUGUGAUGAUUCUACCAAGAAGAAAGCCAAAACCAUAGAUUUAUGCAAUAAUCCGCUUACUAAAGAAGCAAAAUUAACCGCUGCAAUGCGGAUAAUUGAUGAGUGGAAAGACUAUGAUGCUGAAAUCAAGCAAUUAUCUCUUGAGCAAGCGCAUGAAGAAGAAGAACUUGUCUCUGCGUCUGCUGAUUCCUCUUCUCCUGAGUCUGUGAUACAUUCAGAAUUAUGACCCGUGAUUCGCUGUAAAUUAGCUUUAGUGUCUUUUAUGUAAGUGUGUAAUUUUUUUGUACAGAAUAAAUUUCCAUUAAAAUUUCA